UGCGCCUAUCCAGUCUAUGGUAGCCUGUGAUUCGCUAAUGGUAAUGAGUUGCGUCGCUAACCUCACUUAUUAUUCAUUACGUACAGUCUUGCGAGCAAAGUUGACACACAUUUAUAAGCAUAGCCGACGAGAGUAUUUUAAGAUAGGUUGUAGUACAGCAAACAUUUGUUACAUAUGUACUAGUCUAGCUAUAUAUCUAGCACCAAUGGAUCGUUUUGUAGUGAGGAAAGUGCCAGAGGGACAGGCUGCCAUGACAGAGGGUCAGGCUGCCACGACAGAGGGACAGGCCGCCACGAUAGGGCAAGGACAGGCUUCCGAAGCGUCAACUUCGCAAAAAAGACGAAAAAGAAAAUACAAUGAGGAAUAUGUUAAAUAUGGAUUCACAGUGACGACAGACAGAGCAGGAGAGGAGGUACCACUGUGUUUCGUAUGUUCAACAAUUCUCUGUAAUGAAGCUAUGAAGCCGUCGAAACUUACGCGGCAUAUGGAGACGCAUCACGUCCACUUGAAGGCCAAACCCGUUGAGUACAUGCAACAGAUGUUGCGUGAUUUCAAAGGACAGCAGGCUACCAUGAGGAAGAGUGCAAAAAUAAAUGAAAACGCACUGAAAGCAUCGUAUCUGGUCGCUCUCAGGGUUGCAAAAAGUAAGAAGCCCCAUACCAUUGCAGAGCAGCUUAUAUUGCCAGCAGCCAUAGAUAUGUGCAGAGCUAUGGUAAGCGAAGAAUGUGCCAACAAAUUAAAAACUAUUCCGUUGUCAGACAACACAAUCGGAAGACGAAUUGGGGAAAUGGCAAAUGAUGUCAAAGACCAGCUGAUGGCAAAACUUCAGACAGUUCUGUUUUCCCUUCAAAUCGACGAGACGACAGAUGUUACUAAUGAUGCGCAACUGUUAACAUUUGUGCGAUACGAGGACAGUGGCACUAUGUGCGAGGAAUUUCUUUUUUGCAAACCACUGCCCGGGCGAACUACCGGUGUAGAAAUAUUUAAAGCACUGGACGAUUUUUUCACGGAGCACAAUAUCUCGUGGCAGAGGUGCGUUGCAUUAUGCAGCGAUGGGGCCCGAGCCAUGAGUGGCAGCAAGACUGGACUGUUUGCGCAUGUAAGGAGGGUGGCUCCGGGGGUAAUUUGGACACACUGCCUGAUUCAUAGAGAGGCUCUCGCCUCCAAAGAUCUCAGUGUUGAGCUCAGUGGUGUGUUUGAUGUCGUUGUCAAGACGGUCAACUUCAUAAAACGAAACGCAUUGAAUACACGCCUGUUUUCAUCCCUAUGCCAUGACUUGGGAAGUGAACACAGCUCUCUCCUUUAUCAUUCAGAGGUGCGUUGGCUGUCUCGCGGCGCUGUGCUCGCCCGUGUGUUUGAACUACGCGGAGCUAUCUACGAGUUCUUGUGCGAGAAGCAUUCUGAUCUGGCUUCCAAUUUCAACGAUAGUUACUGGUUAACUAAGCUGGCGUACCUCACAGAUGUUUUUGCAGAGCUGAACAAGUUGAACAGCUCCAUGCAAGGGAGAGAUGCAAACGUCAUGCAGCUCUACGAGAAGCUCGACGCAUUUGUGAAAAAAAUGUCAAAGUGGAUCGAACGAGUGGAGAGCAAUAACUUGGCGAUGUUUCCUUCAGUUGAGGAAUACCCUGACAGCACUGACAUCAACGACACUAUAUGUGAGCAUUUGAGGAAGCUUGUGCGUCAAUUCGCAAAGUACUUCACUGAUUCGGAAGAGUGGCGCCGUGACAGCAAGUGGAUCCUGCUCCCAUUCAGUGACGAUGCAUCAGUAGGGUCAAGUCUGACGGCUGUGGAAGAGGAUAAGCUGAUUGAGAUGUCCACAGACUCUGUCAGGAGGCAUAUGUACGACACACAGCCCCUUGUUAAAUUCUGGAUAAGUUGCCAGACAGAAUUUCCACAGCUUGCUGCAAAAGCAAUGAGGUGUCUUUUGCCCUUUCCAACCACAUACCUGUGUGAGAGUGGUUUUUCUACACUGGCGUACUUAAAGAAUAAGUACAGGGCUAGGCUUGAUCCAGAGAAUGACAUGAGACUGUCUCUGUCUACCAUUUCGCCACGAAUAGACAGGCUGUGUGGACUUCACCACGCCCAGAUAUCACACUGACAGCAGGUGAUUGGUGACAGGUCUGUCCUGGCUGGGUUAUAAAAGCCCUGACCAGCCAGCAGUUGAGGCUGCCUUGGUCUUCAUUUGUUGGAUUUUGGUUCUCCGGUGUUGUUGGAUUUUUGUUCUCCGUUGUUGUUUUGUCACACACCUAGACUGACUUUGCAUGACAUUUUUAGUUACUUUUCCCAAUACUGAAUUGCACAACACUUUAUUAUUCUUUAUUCUUUCUUUAAAAUAAUCUUUAAUUUAAUUUAAUUUAAUAAAUCUACUUUUAUUAUUAUAAAAUCUGCGUGGCCUCUCUUUCAUGUUUCAUGCAUUGAGCUAUGCAUGUAACACCAAAUACACACGCGCACGCGCAGGCACAUCAGUGGGCCGCGGAUUGCUUUCUAGUCCGAAUGGUGGUCCCUGGGACAAAACCAGUUGAAAACC